CAGGGACUCGUCUCUGUGGGUGAGAGCGCGGAGGAGGCACGGAUGCCCCCGCGGUGACACGCAAAUUGCACACGUGUGUACGUCUGGAAGGGGUUUACUUAUCAGCAUUCGGCGUUGCUUAGCUGGCACUGCCGGCUUCACUUCACCUCUCGACGGUCUUGCUUAGUGCUCGUUUAACUAGCCAGUCGUGCCGCACCUGUCGAAUAAAGAUUGCCGAAUCGUUUUGAUUACAACGGAUAACUUGUCGCACGGAGAUUCGGGAAUCACUAUUGCAUUAUCUCUCGCGCGUUUUUCUCGUCCAUCUCCUAUCUCUUUCUCUUCCUUUUUUCCGUUUUUUUUUUAAACUUUAAUAGCAAUUCCAUUGAUUGCCACUAUUUAUUUCUCGACAAUCACUAGCGUUAGUUUCUCUUGUGGAUUCUUUGAGUGAAACUUUUUUCGCAAUUGAUUGGAGGAUCGCGAAUAUCCUGAUUGUAAUCUAUCAACAUUUUGGGAAUUCAUAAUGUCAUCAUAUUCUGAUAAAUACAUGAACAGAUCACGAUAACGCACUGAUAUCCGGUAUCUUGAGCAAACGCGAUAUCUUAUAUCGACAACGCCGCGAACAAGGCAUGACAAGACCGGUGUUCGUGGAUUCGGCUGGUUGAUUCAUACACAAGAUGGAAAUCGAGGAUUUGACACUAUAUUUUUACAUUGCAUGCGGUAUCUUCGCCGGUGCGCUUAUCUUACUUUUCAUUUUGGUGAUCGUGCUAUUCGUGAAAGUAAAUCGAUUAUCCGAGGACGGGUCCAACCAACUAAACAGACAGACAAAUAUGAUGGCAGACUUCUGUUACACCAAUCCCACGAUCGUGCCUGGAGAACUGCUCUCUCGUCGUGGCUUUUCCAUGUACAGUGGAGCUGACAACUUUGACGAUGAUUUCGGCAAGACCAAAAACGUUCAUUGUGGAACGUAUCAUGAGGCUCGAUCAAAAUUCUGAUUAAAAUUUGAAUCUGAAAUGAUCGUUCUCCAAUUAUUGAUGCGGCUUAUACAAGCUGAUUAAU